AUGGACGAUGGUGAUGCUAGAUCUGUUGAUGGACCAUAUCUGUCCAUUGAAGUGCUCGAUUUGGGCAUGGAAGUAGCUUCUAUGGAAUGCCCUGAAGAAUGUAGGGAGGUUGUGGCAUCCCUGAUGUUUGCUGCAGCAAGAUUUUCUGAUUUGCCAGAAUUGCGUGAUCUCAGAGAUAUAUUUCAAGAGAGAUAUGAAAGUUCUUUGGAAAGUUUUGUUAAUCAAAAGUUUGUAGAUAAGUUAGCCACAAAGCCUCCUACGAUGGAGAAAAAACUCUGGUUACUGCAAGACAUAGCAUCAGAGUUCUCUAUAAAGUGGGAGCCCAUGGGUUUUGCAGAAAGGAUGGCUGCUCCCCCUGGAUUAGCCCAGGAUAAAUCUAAGAAAUAUGGGUCUUUCCAUGUCACUGUGGAUGGAAACAAAUUGUCAAAAGCUGAUAAGCAGGAUAUUUUAUCCAGAAAGAAGUCUGAGUUUGUUGAUGAUGGUGGUCAUGGAAUACGGAGUGGCAGGGAGGGUAAUAUCUUGAGAAGAGAUGGGUCGGACAUUAAGCGCAUAGGAAGACAGGAAUUCAUCGGUAAUGGACACAAGCCAGUCCCUAGUGAGGGACACAUUAUCCCAAAUGGAAACAACAAUGACCUAUCACGCCGAAGGAGAGAACCCCUUGGUGAUCAGCACGGAUCAUGGAAUGAGAAGGAUGAUACUACCCUAAAGGUUGUUAGAUUAGGCAGUUCAUCUCAUGGUAAAAAACCAGAAUGUGUUGGUGGUGGAUCCCUUCUGCAGAAUGAUAAGGUGAAUGUUGUGUCCAAAGGAGAAAGGAAGGAUCCUUACUCUCGAGGAAAAUCAGAAGUUGCAGCUGCUUAUGCAGGACUAUCCGUAACCAAUGAUGGUAGAGAUGUCUCAUCAUUGAGUCGACAAAAUGUUGCUAACCCAACAAGAAAAGUGCAGGAGGAAGAAACCGAUAGGCCGAAAACCUACAAAAGUGCCCUCCCUCCACCGUAUGUGAAAUCAAAAGAUAAUGCCAUCCCUCCACCAUACUUUAAGCCAAAAGAUAGCAAACGUGAAGCCAGUGGAGGAUCUAAGCUUGUGGAUUCUGACCGUGAUGGAUACUCCAUAGAUACUUCACCCCAUAACAGGGGGAAUGCAGUUAACAGCUCAGAGAGCAUCCAUAAAGUAGAUCAUCCUGGCCAUGAGGGGCAAGGUCUUAGACCUGGUAGAUUGAAUAGUCAUGUUCAUGAGAAAGAUCAUCAUGAUGAGGAUGAUAAACUGUUGCUAAAACCAAGAUCAACGAGGAGGAAGCAUUCAAAAUCAUCAUCCAGCCACAACGAUGUAUGCAGUUCUGAAGAUACUGGGCUUCCAAAGAGCAGUUCCAGUAGCAGCAGGAGAAGAGAUCAUUCAGGCAAGGGCCUGCAAAUCUUGUUCGAUGAUCAGCAUUAUCAGAAAGACGCAGAGGAAAGGAUGAUAGAUAAACUGCUGUUGCGUUACAGUAAGAAACCAUCAACACAUGACGAAGGAAAGUUGAGAAAAAAGUUUCAAGCUCAUCCUUCACAUCAGAUAGCUGCUUAUGCUUGUGAGUCCUCGUACAGUCAAAGCAGAGAGGGGCAUGGUGUGAAGUCGGAAAUGGUUCCUCCUCCCAGCAGAUCUGUGUCUCUCCCUCGUGAAAAAACUGUUCCAUCAGGGGCCACAAAAAUUUUUACCCAUGCCAAUUCUUUUCAUCCAGAUAAGCAGGCACCUCAUGUGCAUCCCAAGUUACCAGAUUAUGAUGAUUUGGCUGCUCGGUUUGCAGCUCUGAGAGGGCGAUAAAAGGUAAAGAACGAAUGGAAACUUCACAAAUUGUUUCUGUUCUUUUUUGCAUGACCAUGUUCUAUCUCCUCACGUUUUUGCAUGAUGGGUCUCGUGUAGUUCUCUGGAUUUCCAAUGGUAUUGGGGAUUCGCCUUAACUCUUAUGAAGGGCUGUACUGAUGUUAGUGAUGAUUGAAUUCCCAUUGCAUAGCCAGGCUUUCAGACGACACAAACCUUCCAUUGCUCAGUAAUAAGAGUAUAGCACUGCAUUGUUUUCUUUAAUCCGUAAAAUGAGAUGGGUUUAACCUCACAGUUUGUGGUGCUAGCUUCCUCGUUUUUGUAAUCCAUCUCUUACUUCCAUAGCCAACUGAUAAUUGAUCUGCUUGUAUUUUGUGAAGUACUUGGUUUUUAAGUUGUAACAUUACAUGUAACGUCAAAUGAUGCAUAUGCCACAAUUAAUGAUUAAUAGUUGACAUUCAGAUUGCUACUAUUUUAUCUGUGUUCACUGCUAAUGAGG